UUCCAUCUCGACUAGUACUCCAGGUCAUUUAUUACCUUGUGUUUCGAGCUAACCAGCCCUCCACUAAAAUCCCCUCAUCUUCUUAAAUUUUCUCGUGACGCCCAGAGGAGAGAAAGCUGUCCCUUUUCUCCCAUCCAUGGUGUCGCUUGAGGACUCCCAGAUCCCUCCUUUAUCGUCGCAGAACCCCUGCUCCCCGUCCAGAAUCCAGAGGUCCCAUGGCCGUUCCAUGCGAACUAUCCGCUCUAAUCUCUAUCACACCGACAGCCGGAACCCCUCCCCGAAACCAGGUAAUUCAACUGCUGUCUCCGAAAACUUAACCGACUCCGUCGUCGACUUCCGGCUCCGGGAGCUGGCCGUCGGAUACUCCGCCGCCAAGCCCGUCUCCUCCAUGGCCUCCGCCGACGCGGCCGAUCUCCUCGACCUCUCUCACGACUUCUCCGACUUCUCCAGCUUCGACUCCGACAUCUCCGGCGAGCUUCACCGCCUGGCGGUGGCUCACUCGUUCCAGCCGCUCUCUACCCCCGGGAGUCCCGCCUAUGACGGCGACGGCGAGGAUCUGCUGGAUCUGGGGCUCGGGUUCUGGGCCGAGAGCCUCGUGUCCUCUUCGGAGAUACUGGAGAACGCGUCGCCGGAGAGCCUGGAGCCAGUGAUCGCCGCCUGCGUGGAGUGCUUGAAAUCCUCCUCGGCGUCGAUCGAGACGAAGCGGGACGCGGCGGCGAAGGUCCGCCUCCUGGCGCGGCACCGAUCGGACUUCCGGACUUUGAUCGGGUCCACGGGGGCGAUCCCGGCGCUGGUCCCCCUCCUCCGUAGCGCCGACUCGGCGGCGCAGGAGAACGCGGCCACCGCCCUGUUCAACCUCUCGCUGGAGGACUCGAACCGGUUGGCUAUCGCGGGGGCGGGCGCGGUGAAGCCGCUAGUGUACGCCCUGCGGACGGGGACGGUGGCGGCGAAGCAGAACGCGGCAUGCGCGAUAUUGAGGUUGUCUAUGGCGGAGGAGAACCGGGCUGGCAUUGGGGCGAGCGGGGCAAUCCCGGCUCUGGUGGCGCUGCUGCGCGGGGGAACGAGCCGGGGGAAGAAGGACGCGCUGACGGCGCUGUACAAGCUGUGCUCCGGGGAGCGGCGGAACAAGGAGCGGGCGGUGGAGGCAGGUGCGGCGGCGCCGCUGGUGGCGCUGGUGGCGGAGCGUGGCGGGGGGACGGCGGAGAAGGCGGUGGUGGUGCUGGGGAGCCUGGCGGAGGUGGCGGAGGGAAGGGAGGCGAUCGUGGGUGAAGGGGGAAUCGUUGCGCUGGUGGAGGCGAUGGAGGAGGGUUCGGCCAGGGGGAAGGAGCUGGCGCUCGCCGCGCUCCUCCAGCUGUGCUCCGAUAGCGCACGUAACCGGAACCUAUUGCUUCGGGAAGGCGUCAUUCCGCCGCUCGUCGCCCUUUCCCAGUCCGGCUCCGCCCGGGCGAAGCGCAAGGCGGAGGCGCUUCUGGGGUAUUUGCGAGAGGAGCGGCAGGGCGGCGCUACAUAGGGUAUGGCCAGGCGGAGGCGCUUCUGGGGUAUUUGCGAGAGGAGCGGCAGGGCGGCGCUACAUAGGGUAUGGCCAGGUGAACAGGAUUUUUACCUUCGUUUUCCUCUCACGCUGAUCCCGUCGAUUACGUACGUAGAUCUGCUGGCUGCCAGAGAGCAAAAGUAUAUGGGUUUGCUCGUGAACAAACAAGAAUGUAGUUAUAUAGUGGCGUGAAGGCUUGUAUGCCGGACAAACUGGUUUAUACUACUUUUGCUAUCUGGGUUGCAGAGAUGGCUCUUGAUUACUUGGUACCCGGGCAGGGUAUAGUCCGGAAGAUGAGAUGUUAUGCAAGCAUAUACGUUUUUUUGAGUUCGAUAAUGCACAUCGAUCUUUUGGUGCUCUUUAUGUACUGGGAAUGUAAUUGUAAAACCUGUGCUGAAACAGUUUCUGUUUAUACCUCUAUAUAUUCUGAUGUAUAUCAAACCUGUUAUAACCCAAAAGUUUACAUGUAUGUAUAUAAAAAAUGUUGGGGUUGGGAAAUAGAGAUUUUGCUGAAAUCAUUAGUGGCGACAUUUUAUCAUGCCUACAGCAAGUCAUUUAUAGUUA